UAAUAGCAAACUUACAACAAUUAUUUAACUUUUUUUUUUCCUCCCUUUUUUUUUUUUUUUUUUUUUCUUAAGAGCUAUGAAGCGGGGACAGAGGCAGAACGAGCUCCUUCAGGCAGGGCUGGGAUCUGAGCUCACACAAAUAGCUCCCUGGUGGACUCGUCCCAGGUUCCUACCCUACCCCAUCCCUUCGCCCUGCUCCGCUGAGGAAGACCCGGGGCUGGGACAACGCCUGCGAUGAGCCAUCUCUACGGAAGCCCCCUCCCUGCCAUGGGCAGCCCCCCCGUGCUGUACCUCCCGGCUGCCCUGGGGUUCGCCCCGAGCGGUGCCAUAUCCCGGCAGGACCCCCCGCAGAAGCCCCCCUACAGCUACAUCGCCCUCAUCGCUAUGGCCAUCAAAGAAGCUCCGGAGCAGAAGGUGACCCUCAGCGGUAUCUACCAGUUCAUCAUGGACCGCUUCCCCUUCUACCACGACAACAAGCAGGGCUGGCAGAACAGCAUCCGACACAACCUCUCCCUCAACGACUGCUUCAUCAAGGUGCCGCGAGAGAAGGGCCGGCCCGGCAAGGGCAGCUACUGGACGCUGGACCCGCGGUGCCUCGACAUGUUCGAGAACGGCAACUACCGCCGGAGGAAGAGGAAGCCCAAAGCCCCGGGGCCGCUGGAACCGAAGGGCACCCGGCCCCCGGGGCAGCACGCCCGCCCCGACGAGCCCAAAAGGGCCAAGGGCAGCGCGGCGGCAGCCUCGGGCGACGAAGGGGUGCCGGGGCCGGGCGGGGGGGAAGCAGCUCCCCCUUCGGGUCCCCCCCGCUGCGGAGGUGCCCCGGCCCCCGCCGCACCCCGGCCGCCCGCUGCCGCCGCCCCUCCGCCCAAGAGCGGUCCUCGGGGUCGCAGCUUCAGCAUCGAGAGCAUCCUGGCCAGGGGGCUGAGGCAGCCCCCCCCUGGGGCAGGCCCCAGGGCGGCCCGGGAGAGCCCCGCCGGUGGCCCCGUCGGUUCUCUGGUCGCCAGCGGCGGCUGCGGCCCGGCCUGUAGCGCCUCGAUCACGCUCGACUCCCAGGUGCACGGGAGGCUUUAUCACAUCGGCAUCCCCUUACUCUCCUGCUUCCCUCUCCACUUCUCCGAGGCGGUGUUUAAUUUGCAGUAGUUGCCCCCAUAAUUAACUAACACCCCUCCUCCCAUCGCUGCUGUGCUGGGGGGGAGGUGAUGGGAGGGAGAGACCGGACUCAACCCUUGCCAGGCGGGUAAAGACCAAAAUCACGCCCCAAAAAAGCGAUGUUAAAGGUGACUCAGGAUUUCAGGGCAUUGUCAAGACACGCAUUGCUGCGGAGCUCUCUUUAGCGAUUGCCUCCCACCCCCUACUGCCAGAUCGACUUUUAAAGCGCUUAUGCUUACUGAAUAUCGCGACAGCGUUUCUUCCUCACUCAUGUGGCCAGAGAGAGGAAGACAAACGAGCAAAAACAUUGUGGAUGUGGGGAUGUGGCCAGCUUCCAUAUCUUGCUGGGAUCAGUUGCUUCUGACCAAAAAAGACUGAAGCAGGGUUAUGGAGGCUGGUCUUGACAUUUUGAAGUAGCUCUGUUAACAACCCGGACAAAAGACAUCAGCUAUGUUUCCAAAGCUUUCUUUUCUCUUCGAGAAGGAAGAAUCCAGACACAGUAGAAGCCAUCAGGAAUAUUACUUUUUUUUUCGGUUUUUUUAAAUUUUUUUUUUUUUGCAAUAAAUAGAGGCUUUUUGUAUAUUAGUGGACAAAUGCCCUUUUGGAAAAGAAAAAGAUCUAUAUUCUCAAUUUUCAUUAUGAAACCAAACCUAUAUCCAAUAAAAGUAUUUUGUUCAGGA